AUGGCUGGGGGCGGUAUAGCUCCAUCGAGUGGUAGAAAACAGUACCCUGGCGGUGUGACAUCCAUGGACUCUUUCUUGAAACAGUUCUUUCCAGCGGUUUAUCAGAAAGAGUCUUCGAUCAAGCCUUCCGACGAUCAGUACUGCAAAUUUGAUAGCCAGACACUUACACUUUUCACAUCUUCGCUAUAUUUGGCUGCUCUGGUUGCAUGCGUUUUUGCAUCAACUGAAACCAGAGUGUGUGGUCGCAGGUUCACAAUGAUCUUGGGUGGAGUUCUUUUCUUGGCUGGUGCCUUGGUCAAUGCCUUUGCUAAUGCUGUUUGGAUGCUUUAUGUUGGUCGUCUUCUUCUUGGUUUUGGUAUUGGAUGUGCCAAUCAGUCUGUGCCGAUCUAUGUCUCUGAAACAGCCCCAUCUAAAUACCGUGGUGCUCUCAAUAUGAUGUUCCAAUUGUCGAUCACAAUUGGAAUCCUUACUGUUGGUGUGCUUAACUAUUUCUUUGCCAAGAUCAAAGGCGGUGGGGGAUAG